UAAACCUCUUCAUCAUAAGUGUACAAUUCUUAUUCUUACUCAUUUUUGGCAAAUCUUUUGCUUUUGUUUUACAUGAACGCUGACAAAAAAAGAAAAACAGAAUUAAUAACAAAACAGCUAAAGUCAAUCCCAAAGGCGUGUUGGCAGAAGAGUUGAAAAGACGUGAGGAAGAGUGCCAAAAAUUAAAAAAAAUAUUAGAGCAAUCAGGCAGCCAAAAUUUUGAUAUUUUGUCGACAGGCCAGAGUAAAUUAAAUGUGUCAGAAUUGUAGACGAGAUGGCUGCUGCUGCUAAUGAAACAGGCCACAGUCUGCUGGGUAAACGGCCACAGAAUAUCAUACAAAAUCAAUUGUUUCGCAGGCAAAGAAGCAUAAAACUGAGUGCCAACAAAGGAAGUAGCAGCGAUGAGACUGGAAAUCAUAAGACUUAUGUGGUGCUGACCUUUGGGGAACGAGCCAAGCUAACCCACUGUGAAGAUGUACAAAAAAUCAUACAACAAUUCAAUAUAAAGACCACACUAGAAUGGAUUAGUAAGGAGGAGAAAUACCUUUACCUAACUGCCUCAACUGAUACUCUGCUGCGUUUGGCCGACGAAGCUGAACUCACCAAGAUGACAACAACGGGGAGUAUGCAAAAAUUUAAUUAUAACUCAAUAUCGGAUUUCUUGCUGCCCGGCAUGACAGAAGAUGACAUAGUGCGGUUCUGUGAGGCGCCAGUGCUAAUAAAGGAUGUGGUGAAACCUCAGCUAUUGUCCUAUAUAAGGAAUGGCAUUGUGGAGGAAUUGUUUCCCUUGCAUGACAUAGAAUAUUUGGAGGCAUUCUCCUUCAACUGGCGUCGUCGUUCCUUGCCUAUAGAACAUAUACGCAAUUAUUUUGGUGCAAGCAUAGGCCUAUAUUUUGCUUUUAUAGAAUUUUAUACCAAGGCCCUGGUAUAUCCCACAAUCUUUGGUGUUUGUCAAUAUUUGUGGAGCAUUAAUCUGUCCGUGGUUAUAGGUUUCUAUGUGCUGUGGUCUACGAUCUUCCUUGAGUUAUGGAAACGCCGCUGUGCCGGUUUGGCUUAUCGUUGGGGUACCAUAGAAAUGUCCAGUCUGGACAAACCUCGCACAAACUACCAAGGCAAAGAGAAAAUCGAUCCUGUUACUGGAAAAAUGACUCUCGAGUAUCCUAUGCGUUACACAUACAUGCAAAUGUAUUGCAUCUCUUAUCCUGUGGUCUUACUAUGUGUGGUAGCUGCAGCCUAUUUCGCCUUAUACCAGUUUCAAAUUGAGGCCGAGGUUUUGGCAGACUUUGGUCCCGAUUCUUGGCUUUUGUAUAUCCCUGUUAUAGUACAAUCCAUACUCAUAGCCAUAUUUUCAUGGGCCUAUGAAAAACUGGCAACAUUCCUUACCCAAUUGGAGAAUCACCGCACCCGUUUGCAGUAUGAAAGACAUCGGGUCAAUAAAUUGAUGAUAUUUGAGAUAGUGAAUAAUUUCUUUUCGCUAUUCUACAUUGCCUUUGUGCUGCAGGAUCUGAAGCAAUUGAAUUAUCAGCUGAUGAUGCAGUUGCUGAUAUUUCAGAUUGUCUGCAUUGCCCAAGAAGUGGGCAUUCCUUUGCUGGCUGUCCUUAAACAGAAGUAUGUUAAAUACAUGCACAAGGAAUUGGAUUCUGAGAAACUAUCUUUGGUCAAUGAUGUUACCCGUUACGAGCAAUGUUUCUUUGAGGCUGGCUUGGAUCAGUAUCAAUCAACCUAUGAGGAUUAUUUGCAAAUGUGCAUACAGUUUGGCUUUAUUGUGCUAUUUGCAGCGGUGGCUCCGUUUGCCGCCUUUGGUGCUUUGAUAAAUAACAUGUUUGCCAUGCACAUUGAUUUGUUUAAGCUAUGCAAUAUUUUCAAACGUCCCUUUGCACGUCGCACAAAAAAUAUCGGUGCCUGGCAAUCAGCUUUCGAGUUACUAUCUGUGAUGGCCAUCCUAAGUAAUUGUGGUCUGCUGUAUAUGCUGCCAAAUGUGAGAGCAUUUGUGGCCCAGCACUUCUCCUCCAUACCAAAUCUCUCAUUUGUGCUGUUUGAACAUUUGUUAUUGGGCCUAAAAUUUGUGAUACACAAGGCCAUACACGAAAGGCCAAGAUGGGUGCGCAUAGCCUUAAUGAAGGGCGAUUAUGAAUCUAGCCAAGCGUAUAAGAAUAUCAAAAAAUACAAGGCCAAUCUAAAAGUGGAUUAAGUUGAAUCUUUGGAACUGCAACAGCACAAACUCAAACAAAAAUCUCUUACAAAACUUGCCGCCUACCCAAAAAAAAAUGCUAAAAGGUGCGCCUAUAAGGCAUUGGCUUUUUUACAUCUCCCAGUAUAAAAAAACUAUCCUUAAUUUUUUUUAAAUCUCCAAGAAUUGAAAUCUUUUAAUGUUUAGUUGAUGUUUCACAGUCUUAUACUUUCUCAGUGUUGUUGUGGGUGGUUUAUAUUAGUCUUAUACCACCCCUAGAUUUAACUACUAACCAGUGGCCUUAGAUUAGGUUUUUAACUUAUAAACGAAACUAAUGCAAACUCUUAUAUAUACGUACAUAGACUUUGUUUAAAUUUUA